AUGAUUGUGGAUAUUCAAAUUGGAUAUUGGUUAUUAGAUUCAAAUAAUAUUGUAAAAUGUUUUAAUGAUAUUUUAAACUAUUUGAAUGUUCAACCCUUCUUUGAUAUUAAAUCGAAUGAUACGAUUCAAAGGGGAUGUUAUUAUUUGAUGUUAUUAUCACAAGUUUAUGAAAAAUUAACUAGUAUGUUAAUAAUGUAUGAUUUAUGGACGUUAUUUAUCAAUUUAGAAAUGAGAUUGGUACCAAUACUUGCAGCAAUGCGGUAUCGUGGAAUUCGAGUAGAUCGUAACUCAUUAGAGCAUAUUAAAACACAAUUAGAUGAUGAAAUCAAAAAAAUUGAGUUAAAAGCUUAUACAAUUUGUGGAAAAGUAUUUCAUAUAAAUUCCGCUAUCGAAUUACGAACAAUAUUAUAUGAUGAAUUGAAAUUAGAUCAAUUAAAUGGCGUUAAUAUUAAACGAACUGACAUUAAAGGAGCGAAAUCUACGUCUGAAUCCAUGUUGAAAAUGUUAAGAAAAUUCCAUCCAUUACCAAACGUAAUUAUGGAAUAUCGUAAAUUAAAUAAAAUUCAAACAGGUUACGUUGAAUCAUUGAUUCAGUGGAUUCAAGAUGAUGUUAUUCAUACAACUUGGGAUCAAUCCUCAGCAGCAACUGAUAAAACAAUUAAUCUACGCAAUCUGUUUAUAGCAAGAGAAAAUUAUAAAUUUAUUGUUAUCGAUUUUCAACAAAUUGAAUUUCGUCUAUUUGCGCAUUUAUCGAAAGAUCGAAAUUUAAUUGAAAUUUUCCAAAAUAAUACGGAUAUUUUUGUAACACUCAUCGAACAAUUACAAAACGAGAUAAACAUUGUUGAUAUUGAUCGUGAUACUGUAAAACGGAUUUUGUAUGCUAUCAUGUAUGGAGCUGGACCGAUCAAAUUAAGUCAAGAAUUAGAGAUUGAUGUAGAAAAAGCGAAUAAAAUAUAUUCUUUUAUCAUUGGAAAAUUUUCGGUUUUGAAAUCGUUUCCUAAGGAUGUUAUUGAAGAAUGCCGAUCUCUUGGAUAUUUAAGAUCAUUAACUGGUCGACGUCGAUAUUUCCCAAACAUUUCGAAUUCAAAUUUUCAAUUACAGUUACAGUCGGAACGACAAGCUGUUAAUUUUGUUAUUCAGGGUUCAGCAGCUGAUAUUUGUAAAUUAGUAAUGAUACGAAUUGAAAAUAUUUUAGCUGCAAAGAAUUACGAUUGUCAUUUACUUUUGCAAAUUCAUGACGAACUUUUAUGGGAGAUUCAUGACACUUGUUUUCAGGAAGCUACAAGUGCGUAA